AUGACGACCGUCAAUUGGACCCCGCCGACGCAGGCCAGCCCGGUAACAUACCAGCGCAGCAUGUUGGCCCUCUCUGCCCCCACUGCUGCGUCUGGCAGCCCCUCGAGUGGUGGCGGUGGUCUCUCGCAGGGAACACAAAAGGCUCUGAAAGUCGUCCUUGCCGGCGUGGCCGGUUUGAUUGGCGUUGGUAUCACCUAUCCCUUGGACAUGGCCAAGACGCGCCUGCAGGCUCAGCUGCGAGGCCAGGCCUCUGCCAGUGGCCGUCCACACUAUCGCGGCAUGUUGCACUGCAUUUGGACGGUCGCAAAAACAGAGGGCCGCACUGGCGUUUAUCGUGGCCUGAGUGUCAACCUCAUGGGCGUGUUUCCGGAAAAGGCCGUCAAACUCAGUGUCAACGACUUUGCGCGCACUUAUCUGGCCGAUGAACAUGGCAAUGUGUCGACUCUCUCCGGUUGUUUCGCUGGUGCCCUGGCCGGCUUGUGCCAGUCGCCCAUUACCAACCCCAUGGAGUUGGUCAAGGUGCAGCGCAUGACCGCAAUGGCUGCCAAGAAGACGGGUGGAGGUACAGGCCAGGUGGAGACCCUGAGUCAGAUGCUCAAGCGUCUCGGUUUCCGUGGCGUGUAUACCGGCUACACUUCGACCAUUAUGCGUGACAUUCCCUUCUCCAUCCUGUUCUUCUGGAGCUACGGCGCACUCAACGACUCGUGGGCGCGCCCCUACCCGGGCGCCGAGCCGGACACGCGCAAGUCUUUUGUGGCUGGUCUCUUUUGUGGCUGCGUGGCUGCCGUCCUCAGUACCCCCAUGGACGUUAUCAAGACAAACCUGCAGCUCAAGGACACUGAGCACAAAUCAAUCCGCGCUGUCGCUCGCAACGUGUAUGCCAACUACGGCCUGGGCGGCUUCUUCAAUGGCGCUAGUCUUGCUGUCACCGGCACUAAAGGUCAGGCUCAAAUAUCGUACUGCCAUUCAGAUUCAGAUCACAACCAUCUCAUUGGGGUUUCGAUGCGCUGCUCGCAGACCGUCAGCCACCUCAAGCGUAUUCUACGCAUGGAGACCCCUGGCCGGCCUCGAACCCAGGCCGCGUCGGCUGUACCACCUCGAUCAGGGACCAGUGCGGAUGGCCCAAGCUUUAAUUUUCAGCCGCAUGUCCAAGUCGGUGCCUUCGAGGUUCCACUGGGAGAUGACACCUCUCCCCUUGUGAAUCGGUUCAUGGAAAGUUUUAGUAGCGCCGUGAAUGCUUUUGCACGAGACGUGGUCAGCCCUGAGAACCCCGCGUCGGCAACAGAAAAUCCAAGGUGGCAUACGUAUGGUGAAAACGACUACCCAACUGCGGGUUACGACUCGGAAGAGGACGACGACGGUCCACCGGGGCGACUCGUCACGGAAAUGCUGCACGCCAGCGUGGCCAUGGAUACCGAUACGCCAGCAUUCCGUGCUUCUGCCAUUGCUGCGCGUGCUCGCGUGGUCGGUACGCUGAGUCAGCAGCUGCGUACGCAGCUUGGAUUGCUCGCCGAGGACUUGAGCCUUGCUCGGGAGGGCGACGAAGACUUGAGCCCAUUUCUGCCGAACCUUGAUGUGGAGCGCACACUCAGGGGGGUCAACGCUGCCAACUCGGAGCUCGAGUCGCUGGAGUCGGUGCGUUCGCUUAACCUGCGCCCCCUGCACCGCCCCUGGCCGCCGCCCACUUCGCCUCAUCAUCUUUUUGUAAUGAACGCCCUCGUAGCUGGAUGCGGCUGUUACAAGGCAAGACCUGCCGAAUACACCAGCACCCAUUCUGCGCGUACGCACAGCGGUAUGUACCUCCUGCUGUCCAAGUCAUUUGUCACUGCGCUGACCCAUCUAAUGCCCCGCCAUUCUUUUGGAAAUCGCGUGCAGCUGGACGUGGAGCGCAUGAGACUGUGUCGGAAGAUUGUGCAAAGCCGCGAGGAAGUGUCACACCUUUUGGCUGAGCUGGGCAGGAUUGAAGAAGAGUACCAACACACCUUGGUUGAACGCGUGCGCUUGAGUCAGGUGGCAGACUCUGCGCCAGAGUCUUACGAGAUGAGCUUGGAGCGACGUUUCGAGACGGAAAAUGAGCGAUCCUUGCACUUGCGGAAUGUAUACGCCGCCUUGGUGCCAGAGGAAGCGCCGCCGGCUCUGCUGGAAACGUUUGGGCCUCUUGGCGGCAGACCAACCACAGGCCGUUCUGGCGCGGCUCUUCGUCUGGCCACACAGCUCUUUGAGAGUGCGGUCGCUGCAGAGGACCAAGCCGAACGCCUGCCUCACCCCCUGGGCGCUUUCCAGACGCAGCACAGGCGUACCCUCUGCACACCACUUGUGCACAUCGCUCAUGCAUACCCGGUCCGCCGGCUCGCUGCUCAGUCUUUUGGGUAUGACAAUGACGGGGACGUGGCCUACAACGUGGGCAUCAUCGCCAGCGCCAUGUUUCUUGGUCGCACCAUUGCCAGCUACCCGACCAACCCCUACUUCUUGCCCUCCCUCAUCUGCACGGUGCUAUGUGGAGCCGCCUUUGUGCCCUCAUACCUCUACCUGCCCGAGACCCUACCCAAAGGCUUGCAUGCCCCUGGUGCAUCCCACGGGAGCGAUGAGGAGGAUGUCGAAGCUGCUACAGCGCCUCUCAUGCCAGCGCAGUCCGAGGUGGUGGACAAGAUCAAGAGCGGCACAUGGCCCUCCAGCGAUGCCGCGUCUGAGCGACCACUUUCUGCACGCGAGCUUCUGAAGCAACGUGAAGUUGUUUUGCUGAUUCUCCUCUACGGCGUCUACGCCAUAGCAGCCAUUGGCAUGGAGGAAAUUCAUAGCGUCUUCUGUGCCACCUCGGUUGAGCUGGGCGGUCUGGGCUGGGACACGACCACCAUCGGAACGAGUCUCGGCCUCAUUGGUGUCAUACUCAUGUUUAUGCAGACGAUGGUCUUUCCACAAUUGGAAAAGCGCCUCAAACUUGUCAAGACAACGGCGGUCGGCUGUGCGCUGGCGACCUUCUUUAUUCUGUGGUACCCUCCCCUCAACACGCUGGCCACCAACGCGCGCGCCCUGCCGCUUGGUGUUGACCCGCGUCCUUCCGAUGAGCUGCUUUCAGAGGAGGGCAAACACGUGGAUGGCACCCUCUACCUGGCCACGGCCGUGGUUGCCGUAGCCUAUCGUGUGUUUGGUGGCUGUGUCUUUUGCGGCAUCACGUUGCUCUUCAACAACUCGGUUCACGCCGUUAAUCGGUACGAUCCGUCCUCUCUUGUGUCUCGCAAAGAUUAUCAGACCGAGUCGACAAAACGUACCGCACGCUCAUGUAACACUCCUGCUGUUUUUUGCUUUUUGCGCGAACCGCGAGACACUUGUUGGGACUGCAACCGGCAAGAGCGCCGGCGCUGGCGACAAGGGCGCGGUGAUUGCAUUCACUGUGCCUGGACCAAGCAGUCUUCGAGUAUCGGCCGUGCGUUGGUCACCAUCAAGGGCUUCAAAAGCUACCGUGAUCAGACAUUUGUCGAGCCUUUCAGCCCCCACCAUAACGUCAUCGUGGGUCGCAAUGGCAGUGGCAAAAGCAACUUCUUUUUUGCCAUUCGCUUCGUCCUCAGCGACAUGUUCUCCUCCAUGCGUGCUCCUGAACGCCGCGCCCUGCUCCAUGAGGGUGCUGGCCGAGCGGUUGUGGAUGCAUAUGUCGAGAUCGUUUUUGACAACAGCGAUGGUCGUAUCCCAAUUGACAAGGAGGAGGUCGUGCUCCGCCGAAAUUUUGGUCUGAAGAAGGAUGAAUACUACCUCAACAACAGUCGUUCCACCAAGAACGAGGUUUGCUUGCUUUCUCGCCUAGUUGCAUUUGGAAUCGAGCGCCGACACCUGGCACUCACUGUAUCCAUGCCGCUGCGACAGGUGGUCAACCUUCUCGAAUCUGCCAACUUUUCCCGGAGCAACCCUUACUAUAUUGUGCAGCAGGGCAAGAUCAACGACCUGGCCACGGCCUCGGACUCUGCCCGUUUGGACUUGCUUAAGGAGGUGGCCGGCACAAACGUCUAUGACGAGCGCCGUAAGGAGUCGCUGAAGAUCCUGGAAGAUGCCAACAACAAGCGGGAUCGGAUUGAAGAGGUCCUCAAGGACAUUGACACGCGCCUCGAAGAGCUCGAGUCGGAACAGUCGGAGCUCAAGGCCUACCAGCAGCUGGACACUGACAAGCGGGCCAUCGAGUACGCCAUUUACAGCAAAGAGUUGCGUGACACCAACGAUCAGUUGGCGGCGCUGGAGCAGCAUCGUGAAGAGCUCUCCUCACAUCUUCGCUCAGAGGAUGGCAAUGCCACCGAUUUGCAAGAGGAGCUCACAACCCGUGAACAGCAGCUGGAGGAGAACAAGCAAGAGCUGGCUGACUUGCAAACGGAUCGCACUACGAUCGAGACCGAGCGCGCUCAACUCUUGCGCACCGUGGCCGGGUUGCAAGUCGAUGUGGAGGAACUCCAGAGCUCGGCUUCGAUGGAAAAGGGUCGCUAUGGCGAAAUUGCAAAGGACAUGCAGCACCUGCGGUCCGAGAUCCAGCGAGUCGAGGGCCAGUUGGCCGAGCUGGCAGGUCCCUAUGAAGAGGUUACCGCUCAGCGCGAGCAGCAUGAGAAGCUUUUGGCCAUCAACGAGCAGAAGCGCGAUGCGCUCCUGGCCAAGCAGUCUCGCCACGCUCAGUACCAAACCAAGGAGGAUCGUGAUGCCUUUUUGCGGGAGGAGCUAGCGUCGGUGACCAAAGCAAAGCAAGGCAAACAAGAAAAUCGUCUCGAGUUGCAAAAAGACAUUGAGCGUCACCUUCGUACCGUGACGGAACUGGGCUUGCGGGUGGUUCGAGACCUGACUGAGCGCAUGCAAGUGGCUGGCGUGUACGGACCCGUUAUCGAUCUCAUCAAUGUCGAUGAGGACGUGGCGACUCAAUUGCUGCAGGAGAUGAACCGACUCAAGCUUCCGGGCCGCGUCACCUUUCUGCCCCUGAGCAAACUUCGGCCGAAGCAAUUCACUUACCCCGAGACGUCAGAUGCUGUACCGUUGCUGUCCCGCGUUCAGGCUGACGAGCGCUUUUCAGCUGCGUUGCAGCACAUUUUUGGCCGCACUUUGGUCUGCCGAGACUUGAGCGUCGCCAGCAGCUUCUCGAAGGAGGGCACGUUUGAUGCCAUUACUUUGCAGGGUGAUCGCGUUUCGCGCAAGGGCGCUUUCACCGGUGGCUUUGUCAAAACCAAGGCCUCCAAACUGCGAUUGCAGGCCGAGAUCCACGAGUCACGCGACGAGCUAGAGCGGCUGACCCGGCGCCAGGACGAGCUCAAGGAUGCCGAGGCCAAGGUUGAACAACAGACGACUCUGCUGCUGACCGAGAUGCACAAGGCUGAGAACGAGCUGAAGCAAUUUCGCACCAACGUCCAUCACCUGCAGGGUGAUGUGGACCAAAUGACACGCUCCAUCGAGGAGAACAAGCGUCAAGCAGACAUUAAGCGCAAGCACCACGAGGUGGCUGACAUGAUCGAACAGACGCGCGAGCAAUUACACGUGUGCAUCCAGCAACAAAGCGGUACGGUGCCUUUGCCUGUGUCCAAGAAACACGAGAUUUGCAAUGCCACUGACAUCGCCGCUGACCAACUAUCUCCACCCCGUGCCGUGUACAUGGAAUAG